AUGUCUACUCUGCAAAAAGCACUCGUUCUCCCGGUUAAGCAGGGAACGUUCACCUUGCAAUCAGUCCCCACUCCGACGCCUGGUCCUGGUCAGCUCCUGGUCAAGGUACAUGCUGCCGCCCUCAAUCCGGCAGACUGGCUCGUCCGGAAAUAUGGAGCGCUAGUUGAGAAGUACCCUACCGUGCUUGGAGAGGACAUUGCUGGUACCGUGGAAGCCAUCGGAGACGGCGUACAAGGUUUCAAAGAGGGCGACAGAGUGUUCUCACAAGGCGGCUUUGAUGGUUUGCACGCAGGCUUCCAGCAGUAUUCUCUCCUUGAAGCCGAUAUAACCGCCAAGAUCCCUCCGAACAUAACAUUCGACCAGGCGGCAACUAUCCCUUUAGGUUUAGCGACGGCAGCGCUCGGGCUCUAUACUCCAUCUGCCCCUGAGGGUGCCAAAUUUGGCAGUGCGCGGCUUGCUGCACCAUGGGAAGGAGAUGGCCGCGGCAAGUAUGCGGGAAAGCCAUUUGUAGUCUUUGGCGCAUCAAGUUCUGUUGGCCAAUACAUUCUACAACUCGCAAGGCUCUCGGGGUUUUCUCCCAUUAUCGGUACGGCCUCGCUACAUCACACCGACUAUCUCAAGUCCCUUGGCGCUACCCAUAUAAUAGACCGACACCUUCCUGCUGAUUCUCUUCGUUCUGAAGUCGGGAAGAUCACCUCUAAGCCCUUAGAGCUGAUCUACAAUGUGGUUCCCCUACCUGACACCCAGGAGAUUGCGUUCGACCUACUUGCACCCAGCGGAUGUCUCGUGACUGUGAUUCCCCUAGCUAAGGCUGAAUACAGUAAGCGCGUUGUGCGUGUUUUUGGAGACACGUAUUCUCCGGCGGAGAAUCGUGUAGUUGCAGUCAGCUUGUACAAGGCAUUGCACGGUCUCUUAGCUGAAGGGGCGAUUCGGCCGAAUCCGGUCGAUGUCCUUCCCGGUGGACUUGACGGUAUCAUAGGCGGAUUAGAGAGGUUGGAGAAUAACGCGGUCAGUGGUACGAAGCUCGUAGUGAGAUCACAAGAGACUGUUUGAGCUUCCUGUUAUCCUGUUAUGUACCUUGCAGAACCGCAUGCAGCGUUUGAUUGGAGGAA